GAGACUCAAACGUGAAAAUAAUUUGAACAGAUUGUAAACAUAACUUUCUUCCACGCUUCCACGAAGGAACGCUUUUUAUUUACUUUUUUCUCCCCCUUUUCCCAGACGCUGACGCUGUGUGUGAUAAUACUUUAAGGACGCUCGAAGAGAGACGUCCGGCGAUUUGCGUCAGCAAAUGUUGACCCUGAGUGAAGACAAGCUCCGCCUCUUCGUGUGCAAAGCGAUGCCACGCUCCACAAAAUGCACGUUGCGUUUCUGCGACGCUCUACGCCGUCUCCUCCCUCCUCCAAUCCACGCUCCUCCCAUCCCCGCCGCCUUGCCGACAGUAGCUCAUCCCACACUCUCACUUUGCGUAACCACAGCAGGCAGCAAGAUGAGGGGCCGGGCGGCGCUCCUGGCUCUUCAUCACUGACGCCGAGCUCGCUCGCUGGCGCACACACGCACAGAGCGGAGGCAAGCAUGGGGAUGCAGCCGCAAGACAGAGUUGCCUCCGAUUACCUGUCAGAUGUCCGAUGUCCGUCGCGACAUCGGCUGUCGCGCGGUCGGUCCUUCGAAGAACAGAGCGCCUGGAAGCCCACGCAUCGCAGAUGGGUUUGUGAUGGUCACAUGAUGCUGAGGCACGAAGACCAGGAUCAGCGGAGGAGGUUUGCGCCGAGCCGGGUUCAUCUUCUGCGGCGUACCAUCAGCGUGCCAGCGGAGACGCUCUUCCCUGAGCUGCGCACUCAGCCGUCCACUGAGAGCGAGUCGCCUCCAGAGAGGACCGGGCGCCGACGCAGCAUGCCGGGCAGCCCGACGGACAAGAACCCGCCCGGCAUGGAAGCCACGUCCGCCGGCGGUGCCGCCACCCCUUUCCGAGUCACCGUGAGUACUGGGUUCCUGAGCCGGCGCCUGAAGGGCUCGAUAAAGCGCACCAAGAGUCAACCCAAACUGGACCGGAACUCCAGCUUCAGGCACAUCCUCCCUGGCUUCAGGAGCGUGGACAAUGACAGAUCUCAUCUGAUGCCGAGGCUGAAGGAGUCUCGCUCUCAUGAGUCACUGCUCAGUCCCAGCAGCGCUGUGGAAGCCCUGGACCUAAGCAUGGAGGACGAGGUCAUCAUCAAGCCCGUUCACAGCAGCAUCCUCGGGCAGGACUACUGCUUUGAGGUGACGACCUCCUCGGGAAGCAAGUGCUUUUCCUGCCGCUCGUCGGCCGAGAGAGACAAAUGGAUGGAGAAUCUGAGGAGGGCGGUCCAGCCAAACAAGGACAACAGCCGGCGCGUGGAGAACAUGCUGCGUCUGUGGAUCAUCGAGGCCAAGGACCUGCCCGCCAAGAAAAAGUACUUCUGCGAGCUGUGCCUGGACGACUCGCUGUACGCCCGCACCACCUGCAAGCUCAAGACGGACAACGUCUUCUGGGGCGAGCACUUUGACUUCAACAACCUGCCGGCGGUGCGCGGCGUCACCGCCCACCUCUACAAGGACACGGACAAGAAGAAGAAGAAGGACAAGAACAACUACAUCGGGCUGGUCAACAUCCCGGUGGCGGCGGUCACCGGCCGGCAGUUGGUGGAGAAGUGGUACCCGGUCAGCACGCCCAACCCGCCCAAGGGCAAGACGUCGGGGCCGAUGAUCCGCAUCAAGGCCCGCUACCAGAGCAUGAGCAUCCUGCCCAUGGAGAUGUACAAGGAGUUUGCGGAGUACACCACCAACAACUACAUGCUGCUCUGCUCCGUGCUGGAGCCCGGGAUUAGCGUCAAGAACAAAGAGGAGAUGGCGUGCGCCCUGGUGCACAUCCUGCAGAGCACCGGCAAGGCCAAGGACUUCCUCACGGACCUGAUGAUGUCGGAAGUGGACCGCUGCGGGGAGAACGAGCAUCUGAUUUUUCGGGAGAACACGUUGGCCACCAAGGCCAUUGAGGAAUACCUGAAGCUGGUGGGCCAGAAGUACCUGCAGGACGCUCUCGGGGAGUUCAUCAAGGCUCUGUACGAGUCCGACGAAAACUGCGAGGUGGAUCCUUCCAAGUGUUCCUCGGGAGACCUUCCGGAACAUCAGAGCAACCUGAAGAUGUGCUGCGAGUUGGCCUUCUGCAAAAUCAUCAACUCCUACUGCGUGUUCCCGCGGGAGCUGAAGGAGGUGUUUGCGUCGUGGCGGCAGGAGUGCGGCAACCGGGGUCGCCCGGACAUCAGCGAGCGCUUGAUCAGCGCCUCCCUCUUCCUGCGCUUCCUGUGUCCCGCCGUCAUGUCGCCCUCGCUCUUCAACCUGAUGCAGGAGUACCCGGAUGACCGCACGGCUCGGACGCUGACGCUCAUCGCCAAGGUCACGCAGAACCUGGCCAACUUCACCAAGUUCGGGAACAAGGAGGAGUACAUGUCCUUCAUGAACCAGUUCCUGGAGCACGAGUGGACCAACAUGCAACGCUUCCUGCUGGAGAUCUCCAACCCGGAGACCAUCUCCAACACGGCAGGCUUCGAGGGCUACAUCGACCUGGGCCGGGAACUGUCCACCCUGCACUCGCUCCUCUCGGAGAUGCUGUCCCAGAUGGACCAGAGUUCCACCUCCAAGCUGGGACCUCUGCCGAGGAUCCUGCGAGAGGUGACCACGGCGCUGACCAACCCCGCCGGCGGCGUCCAGACCGCGGCCGGGCAGCCGCCGCCGGAGCAAGGGGGCUCGUCGCCGCCCGCCGAGGCCAGCUGCAGCAUCUCCAGCGGGCUGCAGAAGAUGGUCAUCGACAGCGACCUCACGGGGUUGGUGGACUUCACCCGCCUGCCGUCUCCCACCCCAGAAAACAAAGACUUAUUUUUCGUGACGAGGACCUCGGGCAUCCAGCCUUCGCCGGCGCGCAGCUCAAGCUACUCGGAGACCAACGAGCCGGAUGUGGGCGUGGCCAACGGGAGCAAGAGUCUGUCCAUGGUGGACCUGCAGGACCCGCGCGGUAUGGAAGGCGGUCCAGGUCCCGGCAGCCCCGACACCCUGGCGGAGGUCCCGGCCUCCGUGGGAGUCUGGUCCUCCGCCAGGGUCCCUCAGUGCAUUAUCUCGGGCGGUCCGACCAUGAGGAGGUCCGGCCUGACGGCGACCACCCCGAACACGGACGGCAGCGCCCCCGGUCGACCUGCCCAGCUUCUGGCGCCACUGUCCUUCCAGAACCCGGUCUACCAGAUGGCCACCUGCCUGCCCGUGUCCCCGCGGGGGAUGACCGACUCCGGCUCGGAGUGCCACAGCUCGGUCAGUUCCCAUAGCAACAACGAGGACGGGAAGCACUCCUUCUUGAACCACGGCGGCGGGAGUAGCAGCGACGAGUACACCCGGCGCUCGGGCGAGUUCACCCGCCGGCAGCUCUCCCUCACCGAGGCGCAGCACCAGCCCGCCGUGCCCCGGCAGAACAGCGCCGGCCCUCAGCGGAGGAUAGACCAGCCUCCCCCGCAGAGCGUCACCCGGGGUCGCACGCCUCCCAACCUGCUCGGCGGUGGCGGCGCCUACCCCAGGCCGGGCUCCGGCGGCAUGAUGACCUCGUCCCCGGACUGGCCCGUCGGCGGCGCUCGGUUACGGCAGCAGUCGUCGUCGUCCAAAGGCGACAGUCCCGAGACCAAGCAGAGGGCUCAGCACAAACAGGCCCCUCCCCCAGUGAACCCCAUUGCACUGGACCGCACAGCAGCCUGGCUGUUGAAUAUGAAUAUGCAGUAUUUAGACCAUCAUGAGGGGAUGGAGCAGCACUCACUGAGACUCAGAGGAGAUGUGACACAUGUGCAGAAGUACCAGCAGGAGAUCGCUGUGCUGCAGGAGAAGCUGCGGGCGUCGGUGCAGAAGCUGGAGGAGUACGAGGCCCGCCUCAAAGGUCAGGACGAGCAGGCCCAGAAGGUGCUGAUGGAGUACCAGGCCCGGCUGGAGGAGUCGGAGGAGCGGCUGCGCCGGCAGCAAGACGACAAGGACCUCCAGAUGAAGGGGAUCAUCAGCAGGUUGAUGUCGGUGGAGGAGGAGCUGAAGAAAGACCACUCGGACAUGCAGGCGGUGGUAGACUCCAAGCAGAACAUCAUCGACGCACAGGAGAAGCGCAUCGCCUCGCUGGACGCUGCCAACGCCCGCCUGAUGAGCGCCCUGACCCAGCUGAAAGAGCGCUACAGCACGCAGUCGCGCAACGGCAUCUCUCCCACCAACCCCAGCAAACUGCAGAUCACCGAGAACGGAGAGUUCCGGAACAGCAGCAACUGCUAGAAAAAACAAAAACUCACUUCUUACGGCGAGGACAGCGAGGAUGCGGGGCGGAGCUUGUACAUAGGAAAUAUCCAGUUUUCAUGGGACGUAUGCUGACGCUGUGACGGCGGCUGGAGCCGCCUGGGAUCGACCACUACAUACCCACACCCGGAGAACCAGUGCUCCUUCUUCAAGUUGAUGUUUAUAGACAACCAAAUAGGAACUACAAAUCCAGAGAUUUAUAGUUCCCCCUCCCCUCCCCCAUGUGGUGCACUUUGUGACAGCUGUUGGUACAUGAAAGGCCUUAAAGCUGGGACGUUCCUUGCAAAGAGUGGAGUGGGGGGGAAGGCACAAUUGUAUACACUGUGGAUGUGUAAAGAAUAGAGCUUGUACAAAGUUAUUAUGGAAGUACAUGAGAUCUAUGUGAUGAUGCUAUAUUGAAUAUAGAUGUAUGCAUUUCCUUUCUGCGUCUAGACUAUACACACACACACAUAUAUAUACUUAUAUUUGAUAUUUUCAAAUAUACGAGCAGACCUGUUUUUAGGAGUUUUUCUUCUUAAAGUGGAACUGCACUUUUUUGGGAAUUUUGCCUAUCCUUCACAAUCCUGAGAUACGUGACGAGCGAUUGAUUUAAAAAAAUAUAUAUUCUAUAUAUUAAAUACCAGAGACGUCCGAUAAUUUCAGCCGAUAAUUGCUUUAAAAUGUGAUAUCGGAAAUUAUCGGUACCGGUUUUAAUAGUUAAAAUGUAUGAAUUUUUAAAAACACCACCGUACGGAGUGGUACACGGACGUAGGGAGAAGUACAGAGCACCAAUAAACAUUAAAGGCAUAUGAUAAUCACACACACACAAGCGAAUGCAAUACAUACUUGGUCAACAGCUAUACAGGGUGGCUGUAUAAACAACUUUAACACUGAUACACAUAUGCGCCACACUGUGAACCCACACCAAACAAGAAUGACAAACACAUUUCGGGAGAACAUCCGCACCGUAACACAACCGAACAAAUAUCCAGAAACCCUUGCAGCACUAACUCUUCCAGGACGCUACAAUAUACCCACACCAAACAAGAAUAACAAACACAUUUCGGGAGAAAAUCCGCACCUUAACACAACAUAAACACAACCGAACAAAUAUCCAGAACCCCUUGCAACACUAAAUCUUCCGGGACGCUAAAAUAUACCCACACCAAACAAGAGUGACAAACACAUUUCGGGAGAACAUUCGCACCGUAAAACAACAUAAACACAACCGAACAAAUAUCCAGAAACCCUUGCAGCACUAACUCUUCCGGGACGUUACAAUAUACCCGCACCAAUCAAGAAUGACGAACACACUUCGGGAGAACAUCCUUACCAUAACACAACAUAAACACAACUCAACAAAUAUCCAGAACCCCUUGCAACACUAACUCUUCCGGGACGCUACAAUAUAUCCACACCAAACAAGAAUGACAAACACAUUUCGGGAGAACAUCCUUACCAUAACACAACAUAAACACAACUGAACAAAUAUCCAGAACCCCUUGCUACACUAACUCUUCCGGGAUACUACAAUAUACCCACACCAAACAAAAAUGACAAACAUAUUUCGGGAGAACAUUCACACCGUAAGACAACAUACACACAACCGAACAAAUAUCCAGAACCCCUUGCAACACUAACUCUUCCGGGACGCUACAAUAUACCCACACCAAACAAGAAUGACAAACACAUUUCGGGAGAACAUCCUUACCAUAACACAACAUAAACACAACCGAACAAAUAUCCAGAACCCCUUGCAGUACUAACUCUUCCGGGAUGCUACAAUAUACCCACACCAAACAAGAAUGACAUACACAUUUCGGGAGAACAUCCUUACCAUGACACAACAUAAACACAACUGAACAAAUAUCCAGAACCCCUUGCAACACUAACUCUUCCAGGACGCUACAAUAUAUCCACACCAAACAAGAAUGACAAACACAUUUCGGGAGAACAUUCGCACCGUAACACAACAUAAACCCAACCUAACAAAUAUCCAGAACCCCUUGCAACACUAACUCUUCCGGGACGCUACAAUAUACCCACACCAAACAAGAAUGACAAACACAUUUCGGGUGAACAACCGCACCGUAACACAACCAAACAAAUAUCCAGAAUCCCUUGCAGCACUAACUCUUCCGGGACGCUACAAUAUACCCACACCAAACAAGAAUGACAAACACAUUUCGGGAGAACAUUCGCACCGUAACACAACAUAAAUACAACCGAACAAAUAUCCAGAACCCCUUGCAACACUAACUCUUCCGGGACGCUACAAUAUACCCACACCAAACAAGAAUGACAAACACAUUUCGGGAGAACAUCCGCACCGUAACACAACCGAACAAAUAUCCAGAAACCCUUGCAGCAGUAUCUCUUCCGGGACGCUACAAUAUACCCACACCAAACAAGAAUGACGAACACAUUUCGGGAGAACACAACAUAAACACAACCGAACAGAUAUCCAGAACCCCUUGCAGCACUAACUCCUUAGGGACGCUACAAUAUACCCACACCAAAAAAAAAUUACAAACAUAUUUCGGGAGAAUAUUCGCACUGUAACACAACAAACACAACCGAACAAAUAUCCAGAAUCCUUGCAGCACUAACUCUUCCAGGAUGCUACAAUAUAACCACACCAAACAAGAAUGACAAACACAUUUCGGGAGAACAUUCGCACCGUAACACAACAUAAAUACAACCGAACAAAUAUCCAGAACCCCUUGCAACACUAACUCUUCCGGGACGCUACAAUAUACCCACACCAUACAAAAAUGACAAACAAAUUUCGGGAGAACAUCCUUACCAUGACACAACAUAAACACAACCGAACAAAUAUCCAGAACCCCUUGCAACACUAACUCCUUAGGGACACUACAAUAUACCCACACCAAAAAAGAAUGACAAACACAAUUCGGGAGAACAUUCGCAACAUAACACAACAUAAACACAACCGAACAAAUAUCCAGAACUCCUUGCAGCACUAACUCCCUAGGGACCCUACAAUAUACCCACACCAAAAAAGAAUGACAAACAUAUUUCGGGAGAAUAUUCGCACCGUAACACAACAAACACAACCGAACAAAUAUCCAGAAUCCUUGCAGCACUAACUCUUCCAGGAUGUUACAAUAUACCCACACCAAACAAGAAUGACAAACACAUUUCGGGAGAACAUUCGCACCGUAACACAACAUAAAUACAACCGAACAAAUAUCCAGAACCCCUUGCAACACUAACUCUUCCGUUUCGCUACAAUAUACCCACACCAAACAAGAAUGACAAACACAGUUCGAGAGAACAUCCUUACCAUAACACAACCGAAAAAAUAUCCAGAUCCCCUCGCAACACUAAUUCUUCCAGGACGCUACAAUAUACCCACAACAAACAAGAAUGACAAACACAUUUCGGGAGAACAUUCGCACCGUAACAUAACAUAAACACAACCAAACAAAUAUCCAGAACCCCUUGCAGCACUAACUCUUACAGGACGCUACAAUAUACCCACACCAAACAAGAAUGACAAACACAUUUCGGGAGAACAUUCGCACCGUAACACAACAUAAACACAACCGAACAAAUAUCCAGAACCCCUUGCAACACUAACUCUUUCGGGACACAACAAUAUACAAAACCCCACCGACCCCAACCUCCUCAUGCUCUCUUAGGGACAGCAUGAGCCGAACUCCGAGCUGCUGUUUUGAGGCAUGUAUGAAAAAAAUAAUGCACUUUGUGACUUCAAUAAAAAUUAUGGCAUUUUUUUUCCCCAAAA